AUGGUCAACGAAUUCAAUACCGAUCCGAUCGACGGCCAGCCUCAGCAGCUUGGCAGUCAACUUCAGGAGCUGGAUAUCUUUGGUGACCCAGUUUCUUUUGAUACAAUUAUGACGCCUCCAAUGAUUGAGGACCAACUGCAAAGCCCCCUAUCUCCAAAAAGCUCCAAGUCUCAGUUCUCGACAUGGCCUUCAAGCGCUAUUGAUUCUUGGUCAUGCAUUUCGACCGAACGUGGCUGUUCUCAAAGUGUGCAAAGCAGCGGCGAAACCCGGCCAUUUGCUGUGCCAGUACGUCCACCAUCUCCCCCCCUCAAAGAUUUGUAUCCCGAUGGCUUUGUCUUUUGGGAUCCAGCGGAUCCUGCGAAGUCUGAUAAAAUCCACGAAAAAAUCCCCCGUAAUGCGGCGGAACUUCACCAACAGAGAGAAGAUACCGCUGCACUUAAGAAAGCUGGCGGCUCGUGUAUGGCUUGCUAUCGGGCCAAGAAGAAGUGUGGAACAACUUCACCAUGUCCUCCAUGCUCUUCUAAGGGUAAUCGAAUCUGCUUUCGAAGUUGGGGAGAUCUGUGCCUGCUUGGGCCGCCUGUGGGAGGCUCUUUAAUGAUCAUUGGCUUCCCGUCCGAGGAGACGAAAGAUGUCUUGCAGCGCAUGAGUGAGGAAGUAUUUGGACGCUUUGAUCCAUUCAAUGCGGUUAUCAAUAUCCGCGGAACGUAUGGCGGAAACUGCACUGCAUGGCGUUGGACAGUGGCGAGGUGCAGUAUCACACUAUCGAGCAAGACAGAUUGCCCCGUCGACGAUUUUAUUGAUGGGUUUGCGAGUGUCCUCCCCCUUGCAGAUCUGGUCAAACUUGGAGAUCUAUACAAACACAGCUCGCUCGUUUGGACUGCGUGCAGGAUGGCAAAGCUAUUUAUGGCAAUUCAAGGCUUGGCGCAAGCUCGAAUCCGUACCUCCUGGUUUGAAACUAGCCCUGGGCGCCUCGUCUCGUGUUAUCUUUUGAUUCUCUCUUUUCGGAAGCUCGCACAAAUGUCUCAGGAUUUUUGCCCUGGUUUGUAUGUCGCUCUGUGUGGAAAGGACAAGCAGAACAGCAACAGGAAAUGCCGGCCGCGAAAAGGAAAUGAGGUUGAUCCCGCUUGGAUCGCCGCAGCAUUAUAUUACCGCGUUGUAUGUGGCUUGCAAGAGCUUCAAAAACACGCAAUUGUUGCAAGAAAAUUUGGCUUCUCCGGCUGUUUUCUGAGUGCCGUUCGCGAAAAGCUCGAAGACAUCUUGCGCAAUGUGUCCCCCAGACACGGGGCCACCGGCAAAUCCUCCUGUAGAGCGAUUCUUGAGGAUGUAGUUCCCAAACUCCCGUCAUCUCCAGACGUGGAUAUGGCUUUCUGGCUGGCAGACCCCGUGGACAUGUCGUCUUCUGUUCUACGCCGACACGACAGUCCUUUUUCACCGCCAGCCUGUGACAUGCAAACGUUCUUGGCUGAUAGUUUCCCUCGGCCUGGGUGUAUGGCGAAUCCUCUUGAGCAUCACGAUGGGCUCUUGCAUUCAUCUACAACUUCUCACAAUACGGUGAUCAUCCAGGAACAUGAUGAUGCCUUUCAUAACAUGCCCUUUACCGAUGAAAUUGAGACCUUUAACCCGAAUGGUUUGUUGAACUUCCUCGGCAACGACUAUGGUAAUACAUUCGAUCCAAUGACUGCGAGCUUUGUUGAUACAAUGCCAUUGCAUGGCAAUUUCCAACAAUCCCUACACAACUGUUGA